CACUAACACCCACAGCACAAAUCGACAAAAUGGUUCGCUACGGAGCAACCUCCAUUGACGGCGCAAAGUCUGCCCGCGCCCGCGGCAGCUACCUCCGCGUUUCCUUCAAGAACACCCGCGAGACCGCUCAGGCCGUCAACGGCUGGAAGCUCGAGCGCGCCCUUACCUACCUCGGAAAUGUCCUGGAGCACAAGGAGGCCGUUCCCAUGAGGCGGUACGCAGGCAGCACUGGACGCACUGCUCAGGGCAAGGCUUUCGGUGUUUCCAAGGCCCGCUGGCCCGUCAAGUCCGCCGAGAUCCUCAUCGGUCUCCUCAAGAACGCUGAGGCCAACGCCGACACCAAGGGCCUCGACACCAGCAACCUGAUCAUCAAGCACAUCCAGGUCAACCAGGCUCCUAAGCAGCGAAGGCGCACUUACCGUGCUCACGGUCGUAUCAACCCAUACAUGUCCAACCCCUCCCACAUCGAGCUUAUCCUCACCGAAGGUGCCGAGGUCGUCCAGAAGGGUCCCCAGACUCUCGAGCGCCGCUUGAACUCCAGGCAGCGUGGCCGUGCUGUCCGCAAGGCCAUCACCGCCUCUGAGGAAUAGAGGAAACAAGGGUGGUGAUGUUGCGGCGAAGAAAACGGUCAAGGCAUGGGCACGGUUUGGAGUCAAAUGAGCGAUGAAUCUUUAGGGUCUUUCACACUCAUCAUGUAUGCAUGAUAUGGCACUUCGAUUUCUACGGUGUCUGGUCCAUGAAAUAAAUAGGGCCAAGGCCUGGUUCACACAAACAUCGAUACCGUAUGCGCCUAU